AUGGCUUGAUGCAUCAUUUCUUGUGUGCCAAAGGGAAAAAAAAUAGCAGCAGCAAGAUUACUGAAGAUGAAGAUUGCGUCUUUUUUCAUGAUUGUGAUGGUGGUCACGACGAUGUUACUAGCUGAAGCACAAGUGUCACAUGCACAGACAUGUAACCCAGGGCAGUUGAGCCCAUGCCUAGGAGCAAUCAUGUCCUCUACACCACCCUCCACCACUUGCUGCAGCAAAUUGAAGGAGCAGAAGCCUUGUCUCUGUGGAUACCUCAAGGAUCCGAGCCUCAAGCAGUUUGUUUCCUCUCCUGGUGCUAGAAAGGUUGCUAGCGCUUGUGGCGUUCCCUACCCUAGUUGCUAAUUGUUAUGAAUAUUAUAUAAUGGUAUAUAUGAAUAGUGUUAUAUAUAUAUCAUCCGAAAUAAAUGAUCAAGGAAAAUAUGGAGAUCAAGCUGUGCUACAAAAUCUCUACGAUCAAUAAAUUAACUAGUUUGUGAUAGAUAAAUGUUAUGAA